AUGAAGUCCGCUUUCGCUACCGCCGCUGCGGUCCUCGCCGGCGCCGCUUCUGCUGCUCACGAGACGGGCACCUUCGCCGUCUUGCGCUUCACCAACGAUCAGCUCACUAGAGGUCGUAUGGAUCCCAUCCUCUUCCCUGGCCAGACUUCCACUCAUGUCCACCACAUCAUGGGUGGCAGUGGCUUCAGCACCAAGGCGACCGGAAAGGAUCUCCAGAAGUCAAAGUGCAGCAAUGCGCUUGUCAAGGGCGACAACAGUAACUACUGGUUUCCCACUCUUUACUUUCAUGACCCCAAAUCUGGAGAGUUUGAAGAUGUAGAGUUCGACUACUUCAAUGCCUACUACUUCUUCGAGAAGACACACGAUGAUAUCAAGCCUUUCCCGGUUGGUCUCCAGAUCGUUGCUGGUGAUGCUAUGACCCGUACCAUGCCGAAGGCUGGCAGCAAGCCUAACCUUGACCCUUCAAAAGGUCCUGUCAAUCCUGCCAGAAUGACUUGCCCCCGCUUGAACAACGAUUACACGCUCCCAUCUUGGGAUGCCAAGUCUGAUGGCAAGAUGGCUGGUGUAGGUGAUCCUGUCAACAAGGGUGAGGGUGUCGGGUUCCCUGAUCGAACUUGUGAUGGCAAAUAUUCUCCCCUCCGAGCUGAUGUCCACUUCCCCUCAUGUUACAAUCCUGAGGCUGGCCUCACCGACUUCAAGAACAACAUGGCCUACCCCGAGGACAAUGACGGCUAUCUCGACUGCCCUAAGGGUUGGAUUCACGUUCCUCACCUUUUCUACGAGGCUUAUUGGCGCACCGACAAAUUUACUGGCCGUUGGACUGAGGGUGAGGGCAAGCAGCCCUUCGUCUUCUCCAAUGGCGACGUUACUGGAUACAGCAGCCAUGCCGACUUCAUGGCCGGUUGGGACGAAGACCUCCUCCAGCAUAUCAUUGACACAUGUAACGCCGGUACCGAGGGUAUGGACCACUGCCCAGGCCUGACUUACGGCCUCAACAAAGGCGACUGCACCAUUGAGUCCGAGGUCGAUGAAAAGAUUACUGGCACCUUGAGCAAGCUUCCUGGAAACAACCCUUUGAGUGGAUUUUCUUAUGGCGAUAAGGCCCCUUCAAUGCCCUCCGUCGGCGACAAGGAGAGUAGCCCCAGCAAGCCCUCUGCCCAAUCCCCCGCCAGCAAGCCGGCUUCUGGGGAGAAGACCACUGCCGCUGAACUCCCCGGCUACACCAAGCCAGCUUCUGAUCCCACUGAUGUCCAUGAGGAACCAGUUGCUCCUAAGCCUACUUUACCUCCCAACCCUGCAGUUGUGUCUGAGGCGGCUGCUCAAGCAACCGAUGUUCUCUCCAGUGUCCCCAAGCCGACCGACAUCUUCGACAAGCCCGAAAAGCCCAAGAAGUGUAAGACUAGAGUUCAUACAGUCUGGAACACCGUGACAGUCACACAGACAGCCAGUGUGCCUGUCCAGACUGAGGCUGGCACUCCUAGCUACAAGAGAGAUCAUGUUCGACGACAUGCUCACCACCAUGGCAGUGGACACAACCAUCUCCGCCGCCGUAGCCACCUCCGCCGCUAA